AUGGUUAUCGCUGGUGCAGUAGAUUUGCCUACUCAUCGUAUAGGCAUCGAUCGAUGGCGACAUUUAAAAGGAUUAUCUCUAGCAGAUCCAAAUUUCGGUAGUCCAGGUGAGAUCGACUUGUUGAUUGGAGCUGACGUCUGGGGCUUAAUAAUCAAAGAUGGACUUAUAAACGGCGAAGCAAAUCAACCUCAUGCGCAGAAUACACAUCUUGGUUGGGUAGUUUCUGGACCAGUGGACUUAAUACGUUGUAACUUGGCACAAAGUAUGCAUGUCCGAGGAAACGAAAAUCUGGAGGAGGCUCUUACACGUUUCUGGCUGUUAGAAGAACCAACUUUGUCAGAAGUCGACACUCACACAGAUGAAUGCGAGCAGCAUUAUGAAGCAACAGUUCAUCGACAACACGAUGGCCGGUAUGUAGUCAGCAUACCCUUUUUGAAGGAAGAACCGACACUUGGUGACUCACGUCGAAUGGCAAUGCGGCAGUUUUAUCGAAACGAGAGGCGACUACAUUCUGAUCCCGAUCUAUUGGUAAAAUACGUACAAUUUAUGCGUGAGUAUGAGGCAUUGAAUCAAAUGGCAUUAUACGAAGGUGAAGUGGGUGAAGGUACUCUGUCAUACUACAUAACUCAUCAUGCAGUCACAUCUAAAUUUCGAGUUGUGUUUAAUGCUUCGGCUAAAUCAGACAACGGUUUGUCCCUCAACGACACGCAACACAUCGGUCCUGCUAUAUCGUGUGGCAGUGGUGGCGGUGAUCGAGAAGAUGUUCCGUCAAGUUUUGGUGCAUCCAAAUCAACAAAAGCGGCAGCUCAUAUUAUGACGAGAAAAUCCGAAUGA